UCCUUCCCGCCCGCCCUCGCCGGGACCCCGAAGUGCCGCCGCAGCUGGUGCCGCUCCUGCUGCCAUUGGAGUAAAAAUAGCAUCUUCCCUCCCCCCUCCCCCGGGCCCGGCUCCCGCUGCCGCCGCCGCGCCCUGCCCCGGGCCCGGCUGCCCGCCGCCUCCAUUGCCCGCUCGCCGUCGGCCGGCCGGAGCGACCGAGCGAGCAUGCAGCGGGCCGCGCUCUUCGGCGGCGGCGGCGAUGCGCAGAUGGCCGCGGGGGACGUGGGCGAGCUGCUCGUCCCCUACAUGCCCACGAUCCGGGUGCCCAAGUCCGGGGACCGGGUCUACAAGACGGAGUGCGCCUUCUCCUACGACUCGCCCGAUUCUGAAGGAGGUCUCUAUGUGUGCAUGAACACAUUUCUGGGAUUUGGAAGGGAGCACAUUGAAAGGCAUUACCGGAAAACAGGACAGUGUGUAUAUAUGCAUCUGAAACGACAUGUGAUAGAGAAGGUACCAGGGGCAUCUGGUGGAGCUUUACCAAAAAGGAGGAAUGCUAAGCUAUUUUUAGAUUUAGAGACAAAUGGUGAUCUAAGCAGUGAUGAUUUUGAAUAUGAAGAUGAAGCAAAGCUUGUUAUAUUUCCUGAUCACUAUGAAAUCUCAUUACCAAACAUAGAAGAGUUACCAGCUCUGGUGACAAUAGCUUGUGAUGCACUCCUCAGCGCAAAAUCGCCCUACAGGAAGCAGGACCCUGACUCCUGGGAAGAAGAACUACAGGCAUCUAAACACGCCAAAACACUUGUACAGUUAGACAAUGGUGUAAGAAUUCCCCCCAGUGGUUGGAAGUGCUCAAAAUGUGACCUGCGGGAAAAUCUGUGGUUAAACCUGACAGAUGGUUCGGUGCUGUGUGGGAAGUGGUUUUUUGAUGGCAGUGGAGGAAACGGGCAUGCACUGGAGCACUACAAGGAGAUGGGGUAUCCCCUGGCAGUCAAGUUGGGAACCAUCACUCCUGAUGGAGCAGAUGUCUAUUCCUUUGAUGAAGAGGAGCCGGUUUUAGAUCCGCAUAUAGCAAAACAUUUGGCACACUUUGGAAUUGAUAUGCUGCAGAUGCAAGUGACAGAGAAUGGACUAAGAGAUAAUGACAUCAAACCAAGAGUCUCUGAAUGGGAAGUAAUUCAGGAAGCUGGCAUGAAACUCAAGCCCAUGUAUGGCCCAGGAUACACUGGCAUGAAGAACCUUGGAAAUAGCUGCUACCUCAAUGCUGUCAUGCAAGCCAUUUUCAGCAUCCCAGAGUUCCAGCGAGCGUAUGUGGGAAACCUUCCAAGAAUAUUUGACUACUCCCCUCUUGAUCCAACACAAGAUUUCAACACUCAAAUGGCUAAAUUGGGACAUGGCCUUCUUUCAGGCCAGUACUCUAAGCCACCCGUGAAAUCUGAGCUUAUUGAGCAGGUGAUGAAAGAAGAACACAAGCCUCAACUCAAUGGAAUAUCUCCCCGAAUGUUUAAGGCUUUUAUAAGUAAAGAUCACCCAGAAUUUUCCUCUAAUAGACAACAAGACGCACAGGAAUUUUUCCUACAUCUUAUAAAUCUAGUAGAGAGGAACCCUGUUGGUUCAGAAAACCCCAGUGAUGUUUUCCGGUUUCUGGUGGAAGAACGCACACAGUGCUGCCAGUCCAGAAAGGUCCGCUACACAGAGAGGGUGGACUAUAUCAUGCAGUUACCAGUUGCCAUGGAGGCAGCUACAAAUAAAGAUGAAUUAAUUGCCUAUGAGCUGAAGAGGCGAGAAGCAGAAGCUGCUAGAAGAGCCCCACCAGAGCUUGUCCGUGCCAAGAUCCCAUUUAGUGCGUGUCUGCAGGCCUUUUCUGAACCAAACAAUGUAGACGACUUCUGGAGCAGUGCUCUUCAAGCAAAAUCUGCAGGAGUUAAAACUUCUCGUUUUGCUUCAUUUCCUGAGUACUUAGUGGUACAGAUAAAGAAGUUCACCUUUGGCCUUGACUGGGUACCCAAAAAGCUUGAUGUUUCUAUAGAGAUGCCAGAUAUACUGGACAUCAACCACCUGAGGGCCGUGGGUCUCCAGCCAGGAGAAGAGGAACUUCCAGAUGUUGCUCCUCCCAUUAUCAUUCCUGAUGAUCCCAAAGAUCGUAUGAUGAACCAUUUCAUGGACUCUUUGGAUAUUGAUGAGUCUGCAGUUAUGCAACUGGCAGAGAUGGGUUUUCCUUUGGAAGCGUGUCGGAAAGCUGUAUAUUAUACAGGCAACCUGGGUGCUGAAGUGGCUUUCAACUGGAUCAUUGCACACAUGGAAGAACCAGACUUUGCGGAACCAUUGGCCAUAUCUGCUUUUGGAGGGGUUGCUUCCACUGGAGUGGCUGGUUUAGGAGCUGUUGGACUAGAUAACCAACCUCCUGAAGAGAUGGUUGCCAUUAUCAUUUCCAUGGGCUUCCAAAGAAAUGUAGCAAUUCAAGCACUGAAGACAACAAACAAUAAUUUGGAGCGCGCACUGGAAUGGAUCUUCAGCCACCCUGAGCCUGAGGAAGAAAGUGAGCCUGCUUUGGACGUGAUGGAUAUGGAGAAUAAUGUUAACGCCAACAUCCUCGCAGCGACAGGGUCAGAGGAACCCAGGAUCAAAGAUGGGCCUGGAAGAUAUGAGCUGUUUGGGUUCAUCAGCCACAUGGGAACAUCCACAAUGAGUGGCCACUAUGUUUGUCAUCUCAAAAAAGAAGGAAGAUGGGUGAUCUACAAUGACCUUAAAGUCUGUGCCUCAGAACGACCUCCCAAAGACCUGGGCUACAUUUAUUUCUAUCAUAGGAUACCAAGUUAGACCUCAGAUCAUUACCUGGCCUUAUGAAGCCAUAGCCUUUUUAACCUGCCAAAAAGCAUUUAAGAAAAGAUAAAAUCUAAAACCAACAAAAGAACUAGCCUUUGGACUGCCAAAAAGCAAAGGAAAACAUGGGAUAUUGAUAGUUUAUUUAAAAACAAUGAAUUGAUGCCUUCUUAAGUAUUAGAGGGAAGAUUUCUAUUAGGAGAUGUACAGUAGGUUGUUUUAUAUACCUUAAAGGAUACCUUGAAGACCAUGCAGAGUACUGAUGUAGUCUGCAGCUAGCAUAUGGAGAAAACAUGUUUCAGAAUUGAACAGAAACAAGUCAGUUCAGCCCAACUCUUGCCUGUUCAGUCCGUGUGUCUUUUGAAGGCCUUGAAGAAAUACUUGUGUCUGUGGUAACUGGGAGCCCCUGCUUUCAAUCAGAGUCCAAGCCACUUAGGGAAAUCAUAUCCCAUAUGAAGUGAAAGGGAGGGGAUCUGUGACUGUUCUUCAAAGCAGAAUAUGUCUCGUUUGAGAUAUUAUUUUCAUUACAAUAAGAAAAGUUGACUAUAGCUCUGUCUGUUGGAAUUCAGUCAUAUAAUGUUUUGUUUUGCAUUUUUGAUGCCUAAACUUAACAAAAUAAUGGAGAUGGAAGUGAUCUCCUGUCAGUAACAUCUAUGUUUUCUGCCAAAGAGAAAUAGUGGAUUUUAUUUUUACGGAGGGAGGGUUCUCCAUCUUCUCUUGAAUGUUCGUUUUGCUUUUAUAACUUCUUCCAACAGAUUCAGGAUUACAAAUGGCUAAAAGAAGCACUGACUUUAAAAGUAAAUGCAUACAGCUCAGGAAGAGCAAGACUGUUAUUUAAAUUUAUUUUCUACUGAAGGAGGUAACGAUGGUGAUAAUGUCCCAUUAUUUGUUGCGGGGAAAUUUGCUUCUAAAACAUUGGCACUCCUACUGAAAUCGGCUCCCUGGCAAAGUACUUGCAGUAUAGUUCUGCUUUCCACCAAAGGUUGCUUGUAUAUUUAAGUCUGAUCCAUGAGUGGGAGAUAUUGCUCAGUAUAACUGCUGAUUUAUUGAUCUCCACCCUCUCCCCUUUUAAAGAAACAAAAGGUAUGCCCUGUAAUGAUAUUUCAGCUAUAUGGAAACUUGCAAAUGCACCAAUAAUAUGAUCUCUUCAACAGGCACCUUCUGUAAGGGUUUUUGUAUUUUCUUUAGCAGGGAUGAAGGGGUGGGUAGGUAGGAGCUGGCCCUUCCUACCCUGUUUUUUUCAUAGUGUUUGCUUUGGUUGGUAUCAUAGGGAAGAGUAUAUCUGUGGGUUUUUAAAUCGUAAUUAAAAACAUUUAUUCUGGAAAAAAAAUGCAACGGUAAAUGUGAAACAUUUCAUGAUUCCAAAAAACCCCAAAGGUUCACAGUGUGUUGGCUACUGCUUAGAGGCAGUUAGUGGAGUUACCUCACAUAAUUUUACUGAGCUCUCAAAUAAACUGGAACAGUCAAAAAAAAAAAAUCCUCCUUACAGAGUGUGAGAGAGGCAUGGAGGCAUAAUUACAUUUCCUCUGCAGUGAAAACCAGCAAGUUUAAUAGCAAAAUCCAGGCAGCUACACACUACAGAAGAGAACUCAAAAAUCUGGUAAUGAGUGAGGCAUUUUAUUUUUUCCAACUUUGGGGGCUGGUGGGGAAAAGUUCUCCCUCUGGUCAUUUAGCCUCGUGUAGAGUGAAAAAACACAGUAGAUUUUUUUUUAAUUGGACCCUGAUCUCAAAAGAUGAUGAGAGAAAUUCUAGUGCAAUAAUUCUGUAGAGCAUAAAUGGUUUCUAAUUGCUUGAAAAGCUUCCUGUCUUUAGCCCUCUUAUUGACACACAAGGAUGGUGUUGAAGCACAUCGAUAAGUGGCUUCUGUGAGAUUCAGCUGCCUUGUAAUUACUGAGCCACCAGUUCUGGACAAAAGAAAAGCUGCUAGCAAAUUUUCUCCUUCUUCCAGGUCUUUUAGUAUUUGUAUCUUUUACCAAGAAGUGCCACAUUUGAGAAAGUGGGAUUAGCAAAUUACGUGGUGACAAUUCUUGUAUAUAGUGGACAGAAGGACUUUUACGUAGCUUUAUUUGUACUUUUUCUUUCUGGCAGUAAAGAAGUUCAAAGGCCUCUCUCUUUCUCUCUCUCUCUCUCUUUUUUUUUUUUUUUUUUUAAUGCCCAGUUAUAUUCCAAGAAAGUUCAACACAGCAGCCUCCUUCUUGCCUCACGAACUUAAAGGGCUAUUUACAAACUAUCUGGUGACCAUUACCCUUUAUUCAGAGACUGUGGGUAAGUAAGUAAAAGGCAACAGAGUUGUCCCUGUGUUCAUUAUUCAACUGGAAACACGGCUGGUCUCACAGGAUUAGGGAUGGAGCUUGGACUCUUACAAACAGUCAGGUACAUGCUAACACUGAGAUGGCCCUGGGACUGAUACUGAUUUCAGUUAAUGUCAGGCACGCUUAGAAAGCUGGCAGGUAAUAAGCUGAAAAAAGGUAAACUAAAGGGGAAGGCCGUUAUCUGGCAGCGGUAGGUGACUUCAGCUUCUGAUGUUCUUUUCAGUUCUGCGCUCUGGAGUAGCACCAGCCUAAGCUACCAGGUGGGUCAGAAGUGCAGGGAGCAAUCUAGAGGAAAGACUUACAGAUUUUUUAAAAAUGUAAUACUUGAAAAUCAUCUGUUUGAGGAUUUUAUUUUAUUUUUUUUUAAUCUCCCAAAGUCGUCAUGGCUUUCCUCCUUUAUCAAAUGGCCAGUUGAGUCAUAUCACUCUAGUAAUGGGAUAUGGGUGAAGAACAUCAGCAACUCUGGGGGAGCAGGAUGUACCUCCUUAUUCUUCAGCCUAACUUAAGAAAGAGAUUGGCUUUUUUUUAAUUAUUAUUUUGGCCUGCAGAAUUCACAAUAAAACAGGCUAUAAUGAAUAGAUGAGUAAUAUCUGAGGCUGAGAUUACUUUCUGUGCUAAAAGCUGUGUGCACUAGACUCUGCUGGGCCAGGCCUUAGUGUACAACCUGAGCAAGAGCUGAUGGGAAUCUCCAUGUGUCUAGCUACUGUAAUGAGUGUAAGAGGGUUUUGGGUGUGCAGUGAGCUGCUUCCCAAAAAAGGAUGGGGGGAGAAAGAUCACUGUGAGCUGUUUGAGACAAUCUAGUCUGAAAACUAUGGCAAUCCAGGGGCUGACAGCAAAUAAUGCUCGUAUUUCUAGGACUGAUUUUACAUUUUUGUAUGACACAUUUUAGGUUAGGAGAGUGGAAGGAAGAAAAACUCAGCAACAUUUCCUCUUUCUUUCCAUUUCUCCUCCUAUUUCUCGCAGCACACUGGAUUUUCAGUAGAGCCUCAUUGAGUCACAGUCUCUGCUCUCCAAAACACAUGUAGACACAGAGUCCUUUUUAAUCUUCCUAGCUAAAAUAUAAUUAGGAUCAUAUUUUAAUUUAUUCAAAGCUAUGGUUAAAACAAAUCUAGAUGUUUUUGGACUCCUAUCACUUGUAAUUCUGCUGGGUUCAGUAGUAUUACUCCUGACUUACACUGGUAUAACUUAAACCAGAAUCAGUCUAGUUUCUUUAGUUCCAGCAGCCUCCCUGAGCUGUCAUGCAAAUUCACAAUCUGGAUGCAAUCUGGAGCAUUUUAGACGUAUCUCCAAUUCAUUCCUUUUGUUUUCCAUCCUGGUGGCAGCCAUCCUUGUUUUCUUUGCUGUUUUCAUGCACUGAGAGACUAUGCAAAAUAUGUAACUGGAUAGAACCUUUUAUUCUCUUUCCAUCCCCCCUCUUCCAUUAAUGACUGAGAUCAGUUUCUGAUUUCCAUUCAGUUUUCUGAGGUUUUACUGUUGUAUCCUGGAAGUGUCUGUACAAGUUGAUUUUGCACCAUUCAGAAUUGUUUGCUUGAAGCACUGUUAACAAUUUGGAGAGUGUUUGAGAUGAGAAAGGUUGUGAAUGACAUUGUUGCAACUGUUUUAAAUUAAAAAGAAAUAUUCGCGCAUCUUGUGAUUGUGUAGAUUUUUGCCUCUUUCUUUUCUGUCCAACCUUAAGAAGAAUAGAGUGAGAAUGUUUUGAUGCUGGCUCUUUUCUUACUUUCAGUUGUUGUGGUAUUUGGUAUUUUAAUAAAAGACCUGCACAGGGAGCAAAA